AUGAAGUUGUUACAAGACCGCAGCGACCUCUGGUCCACUGCUGUCCUGCUCCUGACUGCAUGUUGUCAUCGGGCUGUCGCCGCUGACACCGCUGCCGAAAUUCUGGAGAUCGAGAAAGCUACGAAUCAGUCGCUGCUAUGGGGUCCUUAUCGCCCAAAUCUAUACUUUGGAGUGAGACCUCGCGUACCGAAGAGUCUUAUGGCAGGGCUGCUAUGGGCGCGAGUUGAAGAGUACGAGGGCAUACAGACAAAUCUCAGGCAUACAUGUGAGCAACAUGAAUUGGAUGGUUAUGGCUGGAAUGAAUAUGAUGUUCGCACCGGUGGCCGUCAGACCAUUCACGACCCUGUGAACAAGCUGGAUCUUACGACAGAGUUUGUCAAGGUUCCUGGCGGCGAGCAUGGCGGCAAUUGGGGAGUGAGGAUAAAAGGUGCGCCUCGCGAGGAUGCUGCACCAGAUCUCAAGAGCACGGUAUUCUUCUAUGUCUCACAAGAAGGGCUUGGGCAUACGACAGUCACGAACGAUGGUGACGCAUCUGGAUUCGAGGGCUCUAUUCACAUGGAGGGCUCGGCUUCUGGCCUGGGAGACUUCAAGAUUGAGAUUACCGAAGGACCCAAGUCAAAUUCGCACCCGAGACACAAUCACCCAAGCUACGAGGAUAAGCCACUUGAUAAGACGUUCGUAAGGUCUAUACAAGUGCGAGAGGAUCAAUUAUGGCAUGUUAAGCCCAUCCUGUUCCAAAAUCUGAAGGUCACUGUCGACGAAAUUAUUGCGCAGUAUGGUGAAGAUUUUGAGAAGCUGCCACCUCCACCUCAGUUGUAUACCCUCACAAAUGAUAUUGGUCAUGGAAAUAUGCAUAUGAUCCAGAAGGUAUUCGAGGGUCCGUUCGAGUUCGAUGUUCUGUACACCUCGGAUUCAUCGCCAACUCCGAUGACCUCUGAUGCCCUGACUAAGGCCAUCAAAGACGCCACUGAUACUUUCUCGACACGGUUUCUUGAGGUUCACAAGCCGCAAGCUCCCUUUUUCGGUGACCGAUUUGAGGAGUUUUCCAAGUCGCUCUUCUCGAACUUGCUCGGUGGUAUUGGCUACUUUUAUGGCGACUCAAGGACUGAUCGUAGCUAUGAUCCAGCGUAUGAGGAAGACAACGAGGGCUUCUGGGAGGAGGCUGCUGAUGCUCAGACGCGUCACUCGGCACAAUCCCUCACCGAUCCUCGAGAACUUUUCACGAGCAUUCCGUCUCGCCCGUUCUUUCCCCGUGGCUUCUUGUGGGACGAAGGAUUUCAUCUCUUGCCGGUCAUAGAUUACGAUGUCGACCUCUCGCUUGACAUUAUCAAAAGUUGGUUCAGCUUGAUGGAUGAUGACGGCUGGAUUGGACGAGAGCAGAUUCUCGGUGCUGAAGCCCGUAGCAAAGUCCCGCCAGAGUUCCAGAUUCAGUACCCGCACUACGCUAACCCACCGACCCUAUUUUUCGUUCUCCACGCCUUUCUGGAUAAGCUCGAGUCAAAAAGUGCCAUCACUUCAGGGAAGGAGUAUGCCAAGCGCCUCCUGAACCCAGAUGUCGCGACAAGCUACCUACGGGAGCUUUAUCCGCUUCUCAAACGCCACUAUUUCUGGUUCCGCCGCACCCAAGCCGGUGACAUCAAGUCAUAUGACCGCGAGGCUUUCUCCUCCAAAGAAGCCUACCGCUGGCGCGGCCGCACCCCCCGACACAUACUCACCUCUGGCCUCGACGACUACCCACGAGCCCAACCGCCACACCCCGGUGAACUACACGUCGACCUGAUGAGCUGGAUGGGCAUGAUGACACGCGCCAUGAAGCGUAUCGCCGAAUUUCUUGGCGAAUCUGAUGACAUCACCCAAUUUGACAAAUAUGAAACGGCGAUUCUUCGCAAUCUCGACGACCUGCAUUGGGACAGUACUGAGAAAACAUUUUGCGACGCGACGAUCGACGACUACGAGGAGAAUUUACACGUGUGUCACAAAGGAUACAUCUCCAUUUUCCCAUUCAUGGUGGGUCUUUUACCGUCUGAUAGUCCGCGCAUGAAAGAUAUUCUGGAUUUGAUAUCCGACCCAGAGCAGUUGUGGAGCGAGCAUGGGAUUCGCAGCUUGAGUAAGAGUGAUGAGUUUUAUGGGACAGAGGAGAAUUACUGGCGCAGUCCGGUCUGGAUCAACAUGAACUACCUCGUUGUACGCGAGCUUCUGAAUGUCGCCCAAACUCCCGGCCCCCAUCGUACUCAGGCAGCCAAUAUCUACACCUCUCUCCGCACGAAUCUCGUCCAGACGGUCUACGACUCAUGGCUCGAAACAGGCUUUGCAUGGGAGCAGUACAAUCCCGAGACGGGCAAGGGCCAGCGCACGCAGCAUUUCACGGGGUGGACGAGCCUAAUCACGAAGAUUAUGGCGAUGCCGGGCUUAAGUGCAGACGGAGGAAGGGUGCGGGAUGAACUAUGA